UUCCACCUUCUGCAUUGUGGGUCUGUUCUUAAUACUGGUUCCUCACUUCACAUUUUUCAGGAUAUUCCUAUACCUCUUAAUCUAAGCACCAGACUGCUCCUAAAUACUAGCUAAUGUUAAAGGGACUCCUAUUGAAAAUUUUGCUUUGAGCUCAAGAAUUGAAGUUGACAUUCCUGGCUUGGACAAGUGAACAUUCUGAAAGCAUAUCUGUCAGAGGCAGAAAAUGUCCAGAUGUCAUUGAAUCCCAAAAGAAGUCCUGAAGAGGCUGCCAAAAUGCCUGAGGAAAGUUCUCCUAGGCGGACACCCCAGAAUGUCCCUUAUGAGAGCCUUCCCCAUCUGGUCAAUGCAGAUGGGCAGUAUCUCUUCUGCAGAUAUUGGAAGCCCAAAGAGAUGCCAAGGGCUCUCGUGUUUAUCUGUCAUGGUGCUGGUGAACACUGCGGCCGCUACGAUGACUUGGCCCAGAUGCUGACUGAACUUGACUUGUUGGUGUUUGCUCAUGACCAUGUUGGCCAUGGACAGAGUGAAGGUGAAAGGAUGAUCGUGUCUGAUUUCCAUGUUUUCGUCAGGGACGUGUUCCAGCAUGUAGAUCUCAUGCAAAAAGAUCAUCCUGGGCUUCCUGUCUUUCUUCUGGGGCAUUCCAUGGGAGGAGCCAUUUCCAUCCUAACUGCUUCCGAGAGACCAAAUAGUUUUUCUGGCAUGGUGUUAAUUUCACCUUUGGUGGUCGCCAGCCCAGAAUCAGCAACCACUUUCAAGGUCCUUGCUGCGAAAGUUCUCAACCUUGUUCUCCCCAACCUGUCCCUGGGGUCCAUCGACUCCAAUGUGAUUUCCCGAAAUAAGACUGAGGUCGAUUCCUACAACUCGGAUCCCCUGAUCUGCCGGACAGGGUUGAAGGUCUGCUUUGGCAUCCAGCUGCUGAACGCCGUGUCCCGGGUGGAGAGGGCCCUGCCCAGACUGACACUGCCAAUCCUGCUGCUGCAGGGCUCCGCCGACAAGCUGUGCGACAGCAAGGGGGCCUACGUACUCAUGGAAGCUGCCAAAAGUCAGGAUAAGACCCUGAAGAUAUAUGAAGGUGCCUACCACGUCCUCCACAAAGAACUCCCCGAAGUGACGAGCUCUGUCUUCCAUGAAAUAAAAAUGUGGUUCUCUCAAAGGAUAGCUACAGGAGGAGCCACUGCCAAUCCCUAAGCAUUUCAGCCUGAUUACCAUGUCAUGGUCUGUGGGAAAUAGGCAGAGAAAGGGGUGGAAGCUGGCUUCUUAGCUUCAUCUUACCAAAAUCUCAAAUUGGAGGGAUUCCUAGCACAAUUUGCUUAAAAAAAAAAAAAAAAAGUAGACAUUCCUAUUAUGGGAUGACCCCCCUGUCAGCUAUUUGAACAAUUUCCCUUAAGGGGAGGGGGUGGGAAGGGAGAAACCCUUUAUGGGAAAAGGGAACCGGGUGGGGAAAGAGCUAUAGGCAAAUCUCAAGAUGGGGUCUAUAUGCCAAUGACUAUAGAAAGGAGCCCCUGUGCACCAACUCUCCCCCCCACCACGUGCUUUCUCUUGGACGCCUGGUAUUACACGCAGGGAGGGGGGAGGAUCCUCUCUCCCUAUACUGCAAUAAUAUUUGCAGUGGUUUUAUAACUGACAGUUUGUUGAGUUUCUCCUCCUAACAGGACUCCUGUCCUGUUCCUCCAUGUCCCACCUCCCAUUUGAUGUUCAAAUAGAAAAUGAGUCCUUUAACCCAAGGAUCCAGGUAGGAGAUUUAUUUGGUCAUGGGAUCAAUGUAAAUCAUUCCAUGAUCUAAUUCAUGGCUAAUUCAGCUGGCUGGGAUCUGUAGAGCCUCCUGGGUGAGGCUGAUGUCCCACAGGAAAAAAAAAAACUGAACAUGGGAGCACAUUAAGCUCCUUCUCAAUAUAAUCAAGUUUUCAGUGGAAAAUCAGUAUGAAGUAUUUAAAAGGAAUACAAAUAAUAACAGCACAAAUCAACAUAAGAGGAGAGAAUUCUCUAUCUUCCCCAAAUAGACCCUUCCCCUUUCAAAGGAUGGAAGCCCUGUAGUUAACAGAUCUGCUAUAUACCUUCAAAGAGUCUGCCUAGACUUGUUUAAUCACUGACACUAUGAAAGAAAAAAAAUCAUAUUUAAUAUAAAAUGUUUAAUAUAUGAUUGCAUAUUAUAAGAUAUAUAGUAUUUUGGUGGUUGGGAGAAAGAUAAUUAUAGAAAUCAAGGGGGUUUGAGAUAACAUUGCUUAAAAAAAAAAGUCCAUGGUGGUGAUGAGUAAAACCAUCAAAGCCCAUGACAGUUGGCCGGCAAAGCUCUUCACGGCUCUACCUUCUUUAAAGGGUGCCAUUGGGAUCACUUCCAUCUCCUCACGUGGUCCUAGACGUCAUCUCUGCCCCCCAUCAGCCUUGGGGGAAGACAAGAGUGGACUUUGAUGGUAGGGACUCUGCAGUGUUCCGUUGCUCUUUGGAAGAUGUUCAUCGCUCUGAAGAAGAACAGGACCUAAGGCUCCUUUCCAGGGUCCCCCCCCCAUCUCCCCCAGCCUGGCUCUCUGGAGGAGAGAGCUCUGUCCACGACCAUCUCAGGCUAAGGCCCAACUGUCUCUUGGGGUUAGAGCCAGCACGACUUGUGGAAGAUAAUCAUUGAAAAUGGGAUAGUUUGGGCGGAGAGCUGGUGGUACCAAGAGAACUGCUCGGGUAGUCUGCCAUGGAGGAAGCUAAAGCAAGUCUGAAUUACCCAGGAGAUAAAAUGAGAGAAAACAGGCCCUUCCUAGGGGAGGCUGGUGUGCGUGAUGAGCAAACCCUGAAGACAGUCUUCCUUCCUUCAUCAAUUCUGCAUGGAGGGCACUUCUUUCCCCAGGGUUUCCCAUCAAGCCCGUGGUGUGCAGGGCCUUUCCAGAUCAUCUCCAGUCUCUGAAAGAUGUGGGAACGUAGAAGGAAAACUGACACGGCAGAGUUGCUGCUUGGGGAACUGCUUCCUAAAUUCCCUUUGGUGCCUUCAGAACGCAAGGAGGGUCACCGAGCAUUUCCUGGAGAAGUCACCAGUACUGAGGACACAGCUACCUCUGGUGGAAGGAUCGGGUGCUCCGAAACUGCCAGCACAUUCUCCCCAGCCUUGUCUGGCUCAGUGGCCGUGGACCUUGGAGAAGAGAUGGGGGAAUCGUCUGCCUCGUUUUCCAAGUCUGCCCAGCACGGCCAGAAGAAUUUAAUAACCCUAAAAAUAUAAAUGUGGGAAUCCAGAAGCAGAUUGGAAUUUUGCAUAAUUAACAAACAGAAUUCAAGGGGGAGUCACUUCCUUGAGCCAAAGAGGGAAACUUGUCAUCUCUCUCUCAGGCCCUGACAGCAGAGUAAAAAGAGGCGGAGGGAGGAUGCUUCAGGCCCUGAUCCCGAUCCAGUGGCCCGUUUCUUCUCAGGUGUGUGUCCAUCUGCCUCCCUUCCCCUUUCCUCUCUCCUUUUCUCUCCCCCUCGGUGAACGCCAGCAAUAACAAGGGGUCACAUGGCUAAGACACUGUCUUUUCCAAAAAUGGACUAAAAAAAAACUCUACAUGCUUCAUCAGAUACAAAUUCCAUGGCUGUGGGGAAGUUCCCAGAGGAACAAUUCAAGGAGCAACCCCCCGCCACGAGGGUCCCUCCCACCCAUCAGCCCGCAGGACUCAUUUCUGUUUCCAAAACUGCACGUAGACUCCAACCUCACCCGCUAAAACGCCAACACCAGUCUCACAACAGAGAGGGAAAAAUUACAUCUUUCAGCCUGCUGAGAAGUCAGAUUCUGGCCAGAUGCCUUCCUCCUUCCUUUUCAGGCCUCAAACCCAGCUGUGGAUGAGAAAGUGAGGCAGAACCGUGGCGAAGUCAUCGCUGAAAUAUCCCUGCCUCGACUCCCAGGAGCCAAAAAGGUGCUUCUUGCUCUCGUUCCAGCCCUUUUGCGAGGCACCGGUUUCUAUGCCUAGGUUAUGGGAACUGACAGUAAGAACUACUACUGGUGCAGCCUCACCCAUGCCUACCAGCUCCAGGAACCCGCUUCGGCCGUGAGAGCCAGCUGAUGAGACGAGCCACCUCAGAGAGACGGAAACCUUUCCCCCAAUCCCACCAGACAAGGUGACCCUGGUCGCCUAGCUCAAAGGCUGCCACUGUAAGGCGAGCAGGGUCUUCCUCCUGAGCUCAGAGAUCCAGAGAAUGACAAACGGCGCCUGGUGAGACCAUGAGCAAUUUCCUACCCAUUUUAGCCAGGGCAUUACCAAAGGCAGGAGACAGACAGGCACCUGUGGGUUCAUUGGCAAGAGAUGCUUUAGUCUGUUUGGUUUCAGAUGUCUGUCCAGAUGAUGUGAUUUCCUCUCCUUUAGAAUCAGUCACCUGGGGAGGGGGAAAUAAUACAGAGAUUGUAUUCUGGGCAAAAGAUUAACCCACAUCUGCUUAGCAGGACCAAAGAAUCCAUCAAAAAAGCACCCUUUUUAGCUGAGGAAAAAAGCAAAAAAUCUUGAAUAGGGCCCUUUGCCUUCUAAGCAGUGAAUGCUUUAGGAUGGGAGAGUUGAUCAUAUUUAUCACCCUCCCUUUCCCCCCACAAUUCCUCAAAAAAGCACCCACUCCUCUAUCAUCCAGCCCUCCUGCCCAGUGAGUGCUGGGAGGCAGGACCCAGUCUUCCACUGGGUGGGCACUUUGAGGCACAGUUACCUUAGCUGUGAGUAAGAAGGACUUACUUUCCAAAGUAAGGUAUGAGAGGGAAACUGACUUCUGAUGAAAGGGACCCCGUGCCUGGGCUAUUUCAUCCAAAUGCCAGCGGAGGGACCGUCCCUCUCGGACUCAGAGGUUCCCAAACUUGUAAGGAGCAAAUAACCCAAAUGUGAGCAAAUGGAUGCAGCCACUCGUGUCUGGCACCCCAAAGGUGAGGUGAAAAUAGAGGGAGAGACAGAGACACAGAGAGGGAGGAGAGAAUGGGAAUCAGAGAUCUCUAGCUAAUGUAACUGGGGCUUAAGGAUAGCAUCGGUUAGGGACUGAUAAGCCAGAGUACGGAAGAAAUGGGAUCCACCUAUUAGAAUGGACGCUCCUUGAGGGCAGGAACUGUCUCUGUCUCCGAUUUGUUUCCAGCACUGAAUAAAUGCUUGUUGGUUGAGUAUUGCCACCCCCCCAAUCAGCCAGUCUUAAGGGUUUUUAAACUCUGAGCACGUAAUGCCCAGCACCUUAAGCAUGUUAAGAGCUUGAUAAACACUUGCUUGGAUUGCACUGGCUAGGAACGGAUCCGAUUGGACUGGAUGUGCAUGCAAAGCUUUUAUCUAGGAAUGGAAACCAGCUGCUGCUGGUGAGGGGCCCGUGUCCCCUCUCACCAAGCCCCUUGUCCCAAACGGUGAUGGGGAGGUGGCAGGCGGCACGCUCAGGGCUUGAUUCCAAACCGUGUGGACUUCCACCCAUCAAUGGCACUGCCUUUCUUGUGCACUAUUUGAGGGAACUGGGUUUUCCUUUAAAAGAAGAACACAGCCCAAUAGCGAUUGAGCAAUAGUACUCUGUGCCUGCUUCCUUUCUCCUUCCUGCCCCCAUCACUCUAGCAUCCAAAGGCCCUACAUAACAAGAGGCCAGAAGCAUCUUCUGGCCAAUGCUAUUUUUCCCACCCUGCCCCAAGCCCCGCACUUUAACCUUUUGCUAACACAAACCUAUCAAUACUCCCAAGUAAUUCCUAGCCCAUUCCCCUUGCCAUGUUCCAUUGCAGUUCAAUGACAUAUACUCAUAUAGACUUUUAGUGGGGCAAAUGUGUACAAGUUUAGAACUAUUACAGGAACACAGUGUAUGAUUACUGCUAAUCAAUAAUUAAAAAAAAAACCAUAUGUUUUCUGAA